UACCUCUCAGCCUUAUUAAAGGAAGAGAAGAAACACGUCUAGAUAAUAACCAUGAAUAAAGGAGGAGUGAUCGCCUUUGUAUUUUGCUUGAUGCUGGUGGCUGUCAUUGGUAGUAGCGAAGAAGAUAAAGAAAAGUAUCCGAAAGGCAGAUAUUGCGCGCACAAAAAUUCAGCGGCAGUACGCAAAUGCGUACGUGAUCACGGAUUUUCGAUCGUAGGAGAAAUAGCUGGGAAAUGCGCUAAACAAGUAGUACCCGAUCUGGAUCUAGAAGAUGGACAAAGUAGAAGAGAUUACUUCUGCGAAGAAGCUGAGGAUGAAGUAAGAAAGAGUUACAAAAGUUGCUUCCGUGAAAAACUGUCGGAAUUGGAUAAUAUCGAAGAAUUAAGAGACGUCUUCCGAGAGUGCAUAAAAGUCGAAUAAGUAAUUUCUAAAUUUAUUAAUUACUUAUUCCACGAUUACCGCUAAUUUCUAUUUGCAGUCUUUCAAUGAUAAUGUAACCCGAGAAACUUGAAACAUUUCAUUAUUUCUAAUGCAUUUCCCGAAACAAUUGCUGCGAUGACAUUUACAAGCGACGAAGAAAAUCUAUUUUUCAUUAAAACAUUUUUCUAGUAAUAAAUUUUUAAAUAUUCCUGGUUAAAUAACACGUUAUGAUUUAAUUUUCUUUUAAAAAAAAACAUAUUAUUGUGUAAUAUAACUAGUUAUAAAAAAAGGGCUCAUUCUCUUACUAAAAUGCUUACGAGAUGUUUAUUUCACUUAUAAUCGAGAUGUAACGUAAGAAAAAAAUAAAGUAAUU